AUGGGCGAGCUUAAAAGUCUUAAACUUGAAAUGGAGCAGAUGAAAUUGUCAAUGGCCCAUGAAAUUGAUAUGGCGAAGAGGGUAAUAGAAGAAAGUAAACAGACAAAGUUAUCGCUGUCCAAUGAAAUCGAGUCAGCGGUCAAGAAUGAAGAGAAAAAGAAAAGAAAUAAAAAAGAUAAGAAGCAGAAAGUGAAAUUACCGACUAUACAGACAAACAGCAAUGAAGUGAUGGAACAAGAUGAAACUAUGGAGAGACUCGCCGAAAUGGAGUUGUCAUUGGCCAAUGAAAUUGAAUCGGCGAAGAAGGCAAGAGAAGAAAGUGAAGAGAUGAAAGAUUUGUUAACUGAACAGUUGGCAAUGGUCAGGGAUGAUGUGGAAAGGAAGAUUGAUGAAAUCCAAGAAAACAUUGAAGUCAACAAGGAAAGUAUAGGAGUCAACAAGGGAAAUAUUGAAAUCAACAAGGAAAAUAUAGGAGUCAACAAGGGAAAUAUUGAAAUCAACAAUGAAAAUGUUGAAGUCAAUAAGGAAAGUAUUGAAGUCAACAAGGGAAAUAUUGAAAUCAACAAUGAAAAUGUUGAAGUCAAUAAGGAAAGUAUUGAAGUCAUCAAGGGAAAUAUUGAAAUCAACAAUGAAAAUGUUGAAGUCAAUAAGGAAAGUAUAGGAGUCAACAAGGGAAAUAUUGAAAUCAAUAAGGAAAGUAUUGAAAUCAUCAAGGGAAAUAUUGAAGUCAACAAUGAAAAUGUUGAAGUCAAUAAGGAAAGUAUAGGAGUCAACAAGGGAAAUAUUGAAAUCAACAAGGAAAGUAUAGGAGUCAACAAGGGAAAUAUUGAAAUCAACAAUGAAAAUGUUGAAGUCAAUAAAGAAAGUAUUGAAGUCAUCAAGGGAAAUAUUGAAGCCAACAAUAAAAAUGUUGAAGUCAACAAGGGAAAUAUUGAAAUCAACAAUGAAAAUGUUGAAGUCAAUAAGGAAAGUAUUGAAGUCAACAAGGGAAAUAUUGAAAUCAACAAUGAAAAUGUUGAAGUCAACAAGGGAAAUAUUGAAAUCAACAAGGAAAGUAUAGGAGUCAACAAGGGAAAUAUUGAAAUCAACAAUGAAAAUGUUGAAGUCAAUAAGGAAAGUAUAGGAGUCAACAAGGGAAAUAUUGAAAUCAACAAGGAAAGUAUAGGAGUCAACAAGGGAAAUAUUGAAAUCAACAAUGAAAAUGUUGAAGUCAAUAAGGAAAGUAUUGAAGUCAUCAAGGGAAAUAUUGAAGCCAACAAUGAAAAUGUUGAAGUCAACAAGGGAAAUAUUGUACAGGUGAUCAGUGAUGCAACCUUACUUAAGAAUGGUAUGACGUCUAUGCAGGAUGACAUAGCUUCGAUGAAGAAAGAAGAAGCCAACAGAGUAACAAGAAACGAAUUAAUUGCGCUGGAAACAAAGGUUAUGAGAACUGAGGCAACAAUAAGGGACAGUAACUCGGCUAUCAGACGCGACAUGAAUAACAAACCAAGGUAA